ACUGGUCUGACCCAGCCAAUUGAGAGCACUUGCUCCCCUCCCAUUCCUGUUCCUGCACCGCAUUCCACCGCACUGCGUGCUGCUGCCAAAAAACCCCUUCUCUCGCCCUCUUCCCCACCCUCUCCUUCUCUCCCUCCCGCCCGCUGCGAUCCGCUCGACCAUCUCUCGCCAUCCCAUCCCAUCCCAUCGCCAUCGUCGAUCCGUCUUCAUCCCCCUCCUCGCACCGCAUGAAGAUCAGUCCUUGACACUGUUCAUAUAGAAGAAUAUAAUAUCGCCGUACUCGCAUCUCGCAAGAACCGUUGCUGGAUCGUCCUCCUCCCUAUCUCUCCACACGGCUCCCCUUACUGCACUGUCCAGACAGCCUCGCGACAUCAUGACAGAGUCUUUCGAAGAGCCCUUCCCCCAGAACCAAGAGGCAGCCAAGCGGUUCAAAGGGGGUCAGAAAAGGAAGCAGCCCGGAACAGCGGCAGCAUUCUCUGUUGCUGCAUCCUCCAUGUCACCCCCUCCAACGCAGUUGCAUAUGCCCUAUUACACCCAAGCUGCCAGCGCCUCCGGCAAUGCCGGCUUCAAUACCCAUGCCAUCACUGAUAGUGAUAUCAAUACCCAAGGCAAUGGAGUGAUGACUGGCAAUAGGAAUACCUCAUCAGGACUGGUCUAUCAACAGCCCAUUUCACUGCAACACCAACAACUGCCAACACAGUAUCUUCCUCUCAACCACACACCAUUCGCGAGCAGCUCACCCGAUGUCAAUGGACAUGGUCGGGAGGACCAUGUGAAUGCUAGUGCUCACAGCUACACAAGCAACCAUUCAGGUGCACAUGCCUUUAACAGCACCUCAAACAGGACAGGUUCCUCAGAGGGCAUCGCCAAUGGAUCAAUAUCGCCCUCCAACAUUACAACAGCGGACGACAUGGAUGCCCUCACCACCAUGCUUUCUGAGACGACCUUGAGCAGCAUGGCUUACUACGGUCCCAGCGCAGCAACCAUUGCAAGCGACUUUGACGACGAAGACCUCUGGGGACCACAGAUUCGGUCUACUAAUACCGAGGAUGUGACCGUCCCAGUCGAGAUGCAAAUCCUGCCGGAUCUUGCCACGCGCCAACAUCUCACAGAUCUCUACUACAAGGUUAGCAGUACAGCCCAAACCAUCUUGUAUUUCCACUGGGAUAUGCAGCUGAUCCCGAACCUGUUGUGUUUGAAUUGUGCUGUCUAGAACCACUUUAUUCUUUUACCAAUGGUGCAGCGGGAGGUGCUUCGGGUGUGCGAGGAAAACAUUCAUGUCCCUCACUGUCUGCUAUUGUGCAACGCUGUGUACUAUUGCGGAUCAAUGUUUUCCAGCAACACCAUGCCCUUGCGAAAGGACUCGGGAGACGAAGGCACAGUUGGAGAAGACUUUUUUCAGCGUGGCCAAGGUAAGCGAUUGCCCAUUAUAAGCAGAAUAGCUUUUUAUAAGCGCACUUGGCCGAUUCCCGCAUUUCCGUACAUAAUUCGUUAUGCUGAC